AUGCCGCCUCCCGCAGCCACGAACAACAACACCAUCGGCAACGCGCCUCGCAUGCCCGUGAAGCAAAAAAUGGCCGUGUCGCUCAAGUCGCUCGUGAGCUCGGUGCUGAGCGCGGUGCCGGGGGCCGCCGGCGUGGGAGCGGCCGUAUCGGGCCCGGCGUCAAGCGGGGGACCGGCGGCGAUCGAGUCCCUGUUUGCGCGGACCGAGGCCGAGGUGGACGGGGAGGAGUGCUUGCAUGAUUGUGAGAGCUGCGCGGUGAAGUACCCGCGCGGGUUCAAGGUGGACGAGGAGGACGUGUUGUAUGGGCAGGUCAAGGGGUGGAGCACGCAUGUGCUUGUUGGGACGGGGAAGACGGAUUGGGUGAGGGAUGUUGCGGAUGAGAGGGGGAGUGUGAUGGAGGCGAUUCAGAAGGUUGGAGGGGUGACUACUGGGAGACUCAUGCUGUCCGCCUCCAACCUCCCUACGCCUCACGACACCACCGACUACUCAGAGCCCACCACCGUCCUCCUCCUCCCAGCCUUUGCCAUCGUCCACAACGUCCACCCCCGCAACGUCCCCCAGCUCAUCUCAGACGUCGUCAACGUCGCUCCCACAAACUCCUCCCCCUUAACCCCCUGGCGCUCCAUCAUCCCCGCCUCCCUCCCCAGCCCAGACGCCUCGCUGGCCGACCUCACCAUCAACGCGUGUCCGCACAGCGCCGUCGUGCUCAUGUGCAGCCAGAAGACGCGCGACGCGCGAUGCGGCCAGAGCGCGCCGCUGCUGCGAAAGGAGCUGGAGAGGCAUUUGCGGCCGUUGGGCUUGUAUCGGGAUUUGCAUGAUGAGAGGCCUGGGGGAGUGGGGAUUUACUUUAUUAGCCAUGUUGGUGGGCACAAGUACUCUGCGAACGUGAUGGUGUAUCGACGGCCGAAUGCGUUUGGCAAGGAUGACGAGCCGUUGCCGGAGGGCGUGGAGGAGGCGGCUGAGGCGAAGGAGGAGAAGAAUGGUGAGGAGGUGGAGAAGAGUGAUGUGGGAGCUGCGCAGUGUAUUUGGCUGGCGAGGGUGAGGCCGGAGGAUUGUGAGAAUUUGGUGCGGUAUACGGUGCUGAAGGGGAAGGUUGUGAAGCCGGAGAGACAGUUGAGGGGAGGGUUUGAUAGAGGGAGGGGGUUGAUGAGUUGGUGA